AUGCAAAUUUACACCUCUUACACUACCAAUCAGGGAAACAAACUGCUGUCAUCAAACCGGGCAGUUGGAGAUAGAAGUAACGAACUGUUACCUGAGGAAUUGCGCUUACACAUAUACGACUUCAACACUAAUAAAAAAUUGCUAAUCGACUCUGGAUCAGUGGUCUCCAUCAUUUCUGCUAAUUAUGGUCAUAAACAGUUGGAAAAAGAUCCACUCGCUUUAGGUGCUCAAGAAAUUGUUUCAUGCAUCCUAAAACAUGUUAAAAAUUUAAGAAGUGAAAGACACAUUAUACCUUACAGUGACAUGUGCGCCGGGCAAAAUAGAAACAUUAAAGUAGCUUUAAUGUGGUUAAAAAUUGUCCAAACUUUGGAAAAUAAUGUGGAAAUCAUAGAUCACAAAUUUUUAAUAUCAGGACAUUCGUUUUUACCAAAUGAUAGACAUUUUUGCUUGGUAGAAAUGUCAUUAAAAAAAAAUAAUUUACUGUUCGUUCCUCAAGAUCAGUACAAGAUUAUUAAAAAGUGUCGGAAAGAUAAUAACUUUAUCGUAAAUGAAAUGAGACAAGAAGAUUUUGUAUUAACAAAAUUAUUAGAAGAGGCAAUUUUUAAAAGGAGAUCACAAAAUCUUCAAGCGAACCAAACCUCACCAACAUUCAGUACGUUCAGUGUACCAAAGGAUCCAGUCAUAGCAUACGCCCGCAAGCUCGGGGGAGAAAAAGCGGAAGCCGCAAAAGUUCAACUCACGAAUAUGCUAGAAAAAGACAUAAUCAGAUCUUCAAUCCAUAUGUGUCUUAACGCAAGUUCAGAACAGGAAAUGUACCCACCAUCACUCAUAACAGAUUUUUUUCUACGACUAACGGGUAUCUGCAUUUAUACCAAGUUCGACCUGGAAAAAGCUUACUACCAAGUACCAAUGUAUUCCAACGACAUACAAAAAACAGCAAUUAUCACACCCUGGGGACUUCUAGAAUAUGUCGUCAUGCCUUUCGGACUCAAAAACGCUAUACAAACUUUUCAGAGAUUCAUAGAUGAAAUUUUUCAAGAUCUUGACUUCGUUUUUGUCUAUAUAGAUGACAUCCUCAUCAUGUCAAAAAACGAACAAGAACAUCAAGAACAUUUCCAAACAGUCUUUGAACUUUUGAUGACCUAUUCACUUAGCAUCAACAACAACAAAUGUGUUUUACGCCAAACAGAAGUCAAUUUUCUGGGUUAUAGUAUCAACUCUCAAGAUUAUGUAUUAUUCGACGAACGAGUAAACGCGAUACUCAACUACACAAAAACCGAAACUAUUGAAAAACUCAGACGCUUCCUCGGUAUGAUCAGCUAUUAUAAGAGAUGCAAAGCUCAAGCAGCACACAUUUAA